UGCAGAGGACUUGGUCGACUCUCACCCUGGCGCGCAUUUCUGUGCCGCCUCUGAGCGCAUUCGCAAGGCCAAAUGGCAAUGCUACCCAGAGUUACCCAGUGGCGAGCAAUUUCAUCAAGCUGCAGGAUUUAGAUAGUGAACCGAGAUACAGUAUACACAGGGUAUGUAAACUCUUAUGAAAUAAAAAAAGAUCAAAGUGACAGGGAGAAAUGUCAGACAGACAAUCUGAAUUUGAGAUAAAGAUGAAAGAAACAUACCUAAAGCUUUGGCAUCAAACCUACCUCUCUGUUUAGGGGGCAGAGGGUUUCUGAAUUUUGUAUACUCCAGUCACUCCUCAGUCAUUUGGGUAAAAGGAGGCAACAAAUGUGCUAGGUCCUCCUCUAGGAUACAUUCCCUGCUUGUUGUCCAUUCUGCUCAUUAAAACACAGAAAACUCAACUCCAAGAGAAAACAGGCCCCUGUUUAAAGCUAAAGCUCUGAAGGAUAGCCCUGGAUAUAAGAAGGUGCUAACCUGAUUUCCUGCACAGCAAAUGAAAAGGGGGGGAAAUGUUGUAGUCCAACACGUACAAGAAGUCACCCAGAUGGGGACAGAAUUUUCUCACCCUGAUGAAGAUAGCAGCUCAAUGGCCGGGGACUUUCCAGAGGUACCGACGUCCCACCAUGCCCUCUGUCCAGCUCUGCCUUGCCUUUAUCCACCUGAGAUUUACAGUAUAUGUGAUAAAUUUUCAGCCAUAAGUUAGCCUUCUUUUCAUGCUCAGAAUUCCCCAUUCCCAUGGUGUAAAAUUCUCUUUACACAAGCACUACUGUGUCUCCAGCGCUAGUGAACACAGAAAGAGCCAAGCUCUUUAAUUUUUAUAGGAAUAUUUCAAAAGGAACUGGCCUUUCAGCCCUACUCCGCUUGCUCAGAAGACAGGUUUCUCCCAGUUCCCUGUCUUCUGUCAACGUCUCACAAAGGCAAGGGGACUGCAGAGAUAGAAUACUAAUCAGGCUUUUGAAAUUACUACCCAAAUUGACAAGCUAAGCUAAACCGCCCUUGGGUAGCUCUCAUCUUAGAGCAGUCCCGGAAAACAAAUCGUAGUGUUAGACUUAAGUCCUAGACAUGCAGAAGUAAAAUACCUGGGGAAAGAUGCUGGUGGCAAUUCCGGCAUCUCAGCAGAACUAUGUAGCGUUUGCCCAGAGUUCAUUCACCACGUGCGAGCAUUUCUGUGCAAGAUAACAGCAAGGCAUCGGAACACCUACGCUGGGGCCAAAUUAAUCCCCAGGGGAACUCCCACCAAAAACCAGCGGUGUGACCCAGGGCUGAAUUUGCCCUCCUAGCUCCGAACAGAGAAGUCUGCCAAGGACGGUAUGGCCUAAGAGGCAUACUGAGCUGGCAGGGCCUCAAGUGUCAAAAUAGACCGAGCAUCGCCAGCCACGUACAUCCCGUGCUUCGCAGGCGAGACACAGACAAGAAAAACAAUCAAGUUGUCUGGUGGAAAAAGCAGCUUCCCAGGAUCGCUCUAGCCCCGGCGCAAUCGUGAUCAAUCCGCACUGGCAACUGCUUUACCAAACUCAGAAGAACGAAAAGCUGUGUCUGAUACAGCUUGAGUGCGUGCAAGAGGAGCAAGAUGCCUCACACCAGAGACUCUUCACCUCCGACUAGCAGCUCAGGGAGCGGAGCUUCCUAUGAAACACCAGCACUAUCAGACCUCCAGCGGCUCUGCUGGUUCAGAGGAGGCUCUGAUAAUCACGUGGACCAAGUCUGGCCAAAUAUUUACCUGGGAGAUGCGUGGGCUGCUAGGAGCAAAACUACUCUUCAAAGCCUCAACAUUACUCAUAUCCUUAAUGCAGCAGAUGGGCCAUAUAGCAUCAACACAGGAGCCAAAUAUUACGAAGAUCUGCAAAUAGAGUACUACGGAGUAGAAGCAUUUGAUGAUCCUUCCUUUGAUUUAAGCAUCUUCUUCUACGAUGCUGCCAAUUUCAUAGGCAAAGCCUUAAACACUUCAGGAGGUAAGGUGUUUGUUCACUGCGCCAUGGGGGUGAGCCGCUCUGCGUCUUUAGUGCUUGCCUUUCUAAUGAUCCACGAAAACAUGACACUCGUGGAUGCUCUGAAAACAGUGAGUGCUCACAGAGACAUUUGCCCAAAUUCGGGGUUCCUCAGCCAGCUCCGGGACUUGGACAUUAAACUAAAUGAAGAGAGGAAAGGAAGCAGAGCAUCUGCCACCGAAGAGCUGUAAGAGUAUUGCUGAAAGAGAGAGAAGAAAACGUUAUUUGAGUUUUCUCCGGCUCUCUUAAAUAAAUUAUAUUUGUAAACUAAGGACGCAAGCUUACGAUACACCAGAAUGCAUGUUAUUACUAAAAGCAGAUUUUACUUGAUCUUUCCAUUUUGCAAAACCCUCCUAGAUUAUACUUACGACUGGUUGUGUGUUGUAUCCUUCACUCUCCACCUUAAAACACAGCUCUCCGCUAGUUAAAAAAAUAAAAAGAAGAUAUCAGGUUCCACUUCAGAAAUAGCUGUGUUUCAGCAGCUAGUGAAGCUCAUAUCACUUUAUGAAGUGUUAGGCUAUUUGAGGUGAAAGAUGCCAUAUUAUUUAUGCUACAAUAAUGCUUAGAAGUUUUCUUAUGAACCAGCCCCCUGCCCAUUUGCUCCCCAUAUCUAAAACGGUGUGUGUUUUGAGACUUGAAUCUGGCACUGGUUAGUUCUUGCUUCUACAAUUGGUGGAGCCCCUGAGUUGGGGGUAAGGGGCUGUUUACAGACAGAGCAGCUGGGAAACACCACAAGCCACUCUAAGAAAUUAUUCCAGGUCUCUCUAUAGUGUUUUCCCUCUGACUGUUCAUCAGAUACUCUUUUUUUCUUCUCCACGAAAAUACCUUUGUUUGAGAGAGCGCUCAAAUAUUGUUCAUCCUCCCUAGUAAAAUUAGUCCAGGAGAUGAUGUGGAGGAUGCUCCUGAAGAGGAAGGUGGGUUCCCAGGUGAGGCUGCAAGCUGCUGCCUGGGCAGUGGGUGCAGGAAAGCAUUUGACCGCAAAGUUCAGCAUAUCCCAAAUUUGUCUGACAGUUCAACAUUGUAAGACUUGGGAAUUUCUUCCUUAAAA